UUGCUCUGGGUUAGCACCCAAGUCCAUCUUUGCCCAAUUCCCAAGAAUAUCUUUUGUGAGGAGAAUCUCUUUGAACAUGGAAGAUCCACACCACGUGUUCUGCGUGUGCGGGAAGUCAUCGUUUAUUGGAUUCAUGCUACUUCAAUUCACCCCUGCAUGAUCUCGCAAAGUCUAUCGUCUUUUGUUUUGCGAAGUCACAACUUGGGCCAAUGUGUUGACUUUGUUCCGGACGUGCCACUCCAGCGAGCCAGUCGAGAAUUGUCUACGCUAGUACCGUACCUACUCGUUGGUACAGACGAUUCCUCUUUCACCGAACAAGUCUUCUUGGCUCCUCCUCUCGAGACAGCCACCUCCCAUAGGUGGAAUAGACCGGGCGAUAUCAUGUUCGCCGCCUCUCCCGGUGAGGAGCAGCCUUCUCCGGCUUGACCCAGGCAAUCACAGCUGCCAAGAUGGCAUGGGUGGCAUCCACUCAAGCCAAGCCGUUGGGACCACGGAAAAGACAGGCUGUGGGAUGUCGGUCCAGGCAACCCCAAUUUACUCGCUUCUCUAUUGAUUCCCUGAUCCACCUGAGAUAUGGCUUUCUGAUCUAUGUAACCCGAAGUGCGGGAACAUGAGACCUCAGCCCAUACAAUGUUCUGCACAGGCGUAGCGAGGAGGGCAUUUUCAAAAAUAGGACAAAAACAACUUUCAUCGAGCCUGGUCGGCGUGCGAAUCAGAAGAAGAAGAAAAAAAUAGUCAGAGUAAGAGUCGUGUCCAACAGGUACCAAGUCUUGCAGUUCAGAAUCCCAAGUAAAGGCUCAUGGUGGCAUCGGAUCGCGG